CAGGCUGGGCUCACCAUGGUGCCAGGUGCCAUCCUGGCACGAGGGAAGGAUGUGUGCAAGCGAAAUGGACUGCUCAUCCUGUCUGUGUUGUCUGUCACCGUGGGCUGCCUUCUCGGCUUCUUCCUGAGGACCCGUCGCCUCUCACCACAGGAAAUUAAUUACUUCCAGUUUCCUGGGGAGCUCUUGAUGAGGAUGUUGAAGAUGCUGAUCCUACCACUGGUGGUCUCCAGCUUGAUGUCCGGCCUCGCUUCCCUGGAUGCCAAGACCUCCAGCCGCCUGGGCAUCCUCACCGUGGCGUACUACCUGUGGACCACCUUCAUGGCAGUCAUCGUGGGCAUCAUCAUGGUCUCCAUCAUUCACCCAGGCGGGGUGGCCCAGAAGGAGACGACAGAGCAGAGCAGGAAGGCCAUUAUGAGCUCUGCCGAUGCCCUGCUGGACCUCAUCCGGAACAUGUUCCCAGCCAACCUGGUGGAAGCCACAUUCAAACAGUACCGCACCAAGACCACCCCCGUUGUCAAAUCCCCCAAGAUGGCAUGGGAGGAGACCCCUCCUCGGCAGAUCCUCGUCUAUGGGGUCCAGGAAGAGAAUGGCUCUCGUGUUCAGAACUUCGCCCUGGACCUGACCCCGCCACCUGAGGUUGUUUACAAGUCAGAGCCUGAUACCAUCGACGGCAUGAACGUGCUGGGCAUUGUCAUCUUCUCUGCCACCAUGGGCAUCAUGCUGGGCCGCAUGGGUGACAGUGGAACCCCUCUAGUCAGCUUUUGCCAGUGCCUCAAUGAGUCUGUCAUGAAGAUUGUGGCGGUGGCUGUGUGGUACUUCCCCUUCGGCAUUGUGUUCCUCAUCGCCGGCAAGAUCCUGGAGAUGGAUGACCCCACGGCUGUCAGAAAGAAGCUGGGCUUCUAUGCGGUCACUGUGGUGUGUGGGCUGGUGGUCCACGGCCUCUUCAUCCUGCCCCUGCUCUACUUCUUCAUUACCAAAAAGAACCCCAUUGUCUUCAUCCGCGGUGUCCUCCAGGCCCUGCUCAUCGCACUAGCCACCUCCUCCAGCUCAGCCACACUGCCCAUCACCUUCAAGUGCCUGCUGGAAAACAACCACAUUGACCGGCGCAUUGCCCGCUUUGUGCUGCCUGUGGGCGCCACCAUCAACAUGGACGGCACCGCACUCUACGAGGCUGUGGCCGCCAUCUUCAUUGCCCAGGUCAACAAUUAUGAGCUGGACUUCGGCCAGAUCAUCACCAUCAGCAUCACGGCCACCGCGGCCAGCAUCGGGGCGGCUGGCAUCCCCCAGGCUGGGCUCGUCACCAUGGUCAUUGUGCUGACGUCCGUGGGACUGCCCACUGACGACAUCACCCUCAUCAUCGCUGUCGACUGGGCUCUGGACCGCUUCCGCACCAUGAUUAACGUGCUGGGUGAUGCGCUGGCGGCCGGGAUCAUGGCCCACAUCUGCCGGAAGGACUUUGCUCAGGAAACAGGCACUGAGAAACUGCCGCCCUGUGAGACCAAGCCGGUGAGCCUCCAGGAGAUCGUGGCAACCCAGCAGAACGGCUGUGUGAAGAGCGUGGCUGAGGCCUCAGAGCUGACCCUGGGUCCCGCCUGUCCCCACCACAUCCCCGUCCAGGUGGAGCAGGACGAGGAGUCAGCUGCCACCUGUCUGGACCACUGCACCAUUGAGAUUAGUGAGCUUGAGACCAAUGUCUGA